CAUUUUGCAAUACAGAAUAAAUUGCUCGCCCAAAAUGCAGAUCUUAGUUAAAAGACUAGGCGACAUCCCGCCAAUCACUUACGAGAUUGAUCCCAAUGCCACCAUGGAUAACCUCAUGACUCAAAUCAAAAUCAUGGAAAGAGGAGACACUCCUCUGACAUGGUACGGCUUCACCGAAGAAAGCACUCCCACAAUACAUCUUGUAUUGCGCAUCGGGGGAUGGGGUUCUGCUUUGAUCACCCAGACGUGGGAUCGCAAAAGUUUUCCCGCGUAUGGGGUCGGGAGAGAAAAGACAGUGCGGCAUCUCAAGGGCAUGAUCUGCGAGAAGACGGGGCUGAGGCCUGAGAGGCAGCAUCUUACGUUUAAGGGGAAGGAGGUUGGGGACGAGCAGACGUUGGCUGAACUGGGGGUGAGGAGUUACGAAGUUUUUCGGCUUUCGCGCGUUGAAGAUUGGCCAAGAGACUUCGGAGACAGUUGGAUUCGCUCCCUCAUACCACAUACGACAUUUCUUGAUGGAGUUCUUCAGAAACAAUUCCCUAAGCAUGCCGCUCUACUCUCGCGUUUCCCACUCCGGAGUUAGCAUUCCUCGAGUCUCAAAUGACAGUCUGAUACGGCCUUUGCAAGGUUAGUUUGCGUAUCAAUCUCGAAUGAGAUCUUUUAUAAAGUGAGGAAAUUGACCUCGGUUGAUGUUCCCAUCGGGCUACCGCAAUAUCACCAGUGCAAAGGCUCUCUCACCUCCAGCUCUCUCACCUUUCUACUAAAAUACUAAAUUAGUUAUAUAAAUCUUAUAUCUAAGCAUCCCUGCUAACGUUAGUAGGAACUCGUGUAGUGAAUCGGA